UUCCGUUAUCACAAAGGACCUUCAAGCGGUUAAAGGCCAGGAGAAAGGUAUCAGCAUCCAACGAGUCGAGCAAAUAAAGAUGGUGCGAGACAAACACACAAUGACCGGGAUUGUCUUGAGUGUGUUUGUUGUUUUUCAGGCAUCCGUGUGGACCGUCAACCCACAGAAGUACGGAAACUCAGAUCCCCCGGUUUGCGAUGAAGCCAGUGUUCAUCUCAACACCUUAUCACCAGGUGUCACUGUACUAGCCCCGUCACUUACCAGCGAGAGCAGUGCGUGCCUCCUCAGCUUGGCCUGCACCUGGCUGGUUACCAGUGAGCCUGGCUCCUCUAUCUUUGUCCGUAUUCUUAAGGAGAACCCGAAGCCAUCUUUCGUGGGGUUCGACCUCGACAGAGAGAACGAGGUGUCCAUCGGGAUAGGUCAUGACCCAUCCGCUUACAACACCACAGUCGCUAGGAUCGAUCUGACUCAGGUUCCACACCUAGAUGACGGUAGGGUCUACUUUGUCAACAGCAGCCUGGCGUGGGUUGAGGUCACGGCACACGCACGUGGGCCUCCCUCGUGUGUGAAAUUCGAGAUGAUUUUUACUCAGCGUGAAAAACCAGGUAUUUGCGACGGCAAUACAGUCCUUUGCUUGUACUCCUCGGUUUGUCUGCCGGCCUCGGCCUACUGCGAUUCCUUCGUAGACUGCGGCGACUUCUCCGACCAGAUAGACUGUAAGAUGUGUGGAAACACCUCUAUCCCACUGCUGACACCAGGCGUCCCUCAGGUGUUAGUUUACGCAUCAUCGUGGACACCCAAGCCGGCUGGCCGGUUAAAUCCACCCCAUACUGACUGUUUCUGGUAUAUCCAGGCCCCAAAUGACAGCAUCAUUGAGAUCAACGUCAUUUCCAGCAACGGUGUUGGGCCCGCCAUUUCACUAGGAGUAGCAAGCGAGAAGGGCGUCAACGAGGCAGCGGAGAAAUUGUUCGAAGUACCACCUGGCUUACUCCAGAUCCUUUACACAAACAUAACGAGUCUUUGGAUGGUGGGGGACAUAUCACCGAUUGAAUAUUAUAGAACAGCUGUGUGUGAGAUCAAAAUAACUGCGUUUACAAGACAAGAAUGUGGACCAGACGAAUUUCAGUGUCAGAACCAGGAGUGCGUGGCGGUGACCCGACGAUGUGACGGCGAAGCUGAUUGCUCGAUGAAGGAGGAUGAAUACGGAUGUGGAAUUAACUGUUCCUUCAUGUGCCCAGAGGAUGGAAGCUGCGUGAAUGUGGACCGUGUCUGCGAUGGGUUUAGAAACUGCCCAUAUUCAUGGGACGAGUUCGACUGCGGUCGGUAUGACAGUCCUUACAUCGACCUCAGCCCAGGCGAAACAGUCAGCGUCACUCACUCGUCUGAUACCACAGAGGACGGCCUGUGGCUGGUAUCUGCGUCAAGUAACCACUCCAGGAUCAGGGUGGAGGUCCUCAACUUGCCCAUUUAUGAAUUUUACAUAGACUGGAAUCCCAAUAUGUUUGCUGGACUUUACUUCGGCAACGGGAAUAGACCAUCCUUGAAUACCUUUGUCCGUUCCUUCGUCAAUGUGCAGUACCAAGGGACCGUCAGCUUUGAAGGUCCCCGGAUUUGGAUUUUGUUCGCUAAACUCAAACAUGGUCGUGCCACUCCAGGGCGUCACUAUAUGACACUUAACAUCACAGAGUACUCCGAAAAAGAUUGCGCUGUCGAUCAAUACUCCUGCUUGUCUGGCACCCUUUGCAUCAACGCCAGCCAAGUAUGCAACAGUCGGGUGGACUGUCCGGAAUACGAUGACGAGUAUGACUGUGGUGUCUGCGGUGCUGACAAAUUCAGAUGCAGUGAUGGAAGCUUCUGCCUCGAGAAAUACCACGUAUGUGAUCAUUACCAUUCAUGCUAUGACUCUUCGGACGAGAAAUACUGCGAACCCUGCGGUGAAGGCACCAUUGACCUGUCAUCCGGCCCUCACUCUCUAAAGUCAAUCGGUUACCCUGGCUCCUACCCCCCUAACACGAUGUGCUACUGGAACUUUCGGGCUGAGCCAAACCAUGGCGUGCUGGUCGUGUUCCAUGACUUCCAGACGGAGGAAUUUCAGGACCUGCUAUUCUUGGGCAACGAAACAAAGUGGCUGGCUAAUGUUACUGGAAAUCGACAUCCUCAGAGAGCUGCUCUUAAUCAUUCCAACGUGUGGCUUUCUUUUGUUACAGAUUUCAUCUAUGAAUAUAAAGGAUUUGAAAUAAGCGUUGAACAGGUAGUGUCAGCGUCGUGCAACGAGGGCGAAGUGGCCUGCAACCACACUGAUUUGCUGUUUUGCAUUCUGGAGGAGCGAGUUUGUGACGCCAAAGGCGACUGUCCGCAGGCUACAGACGAACAGUAUUGCGGUGACAUUUGUGGUGAGACUCUGAUUGACGUACCGCGCAGUCAACCCUAUGAACUGACCUCCCCGCUCUACCAUCUCCGGCAAUACCCGGGCGACACCACCUGUCUUUGGCUUUUCCGGACAGCCGGCAGCAGGGACGACAAGAUCAAACUGGACGUCCUCGACUUCCAUCUUGAGCAGAACUUCGACUUCCUGCGCAUCGGGGUGGGCAACGACAGUAGCCGGGGACUGGCGGCAAGUCUAACCGGCCAGACCAAGAUUGUUGGGAUCAGUUUCGAGAGUGACGAGGUGUGGCUCCGGAUGGACACAGAUCAGUUGGUAUCGGCCGAAGGGUUCCGCAUAGCAUUGACGGCGAUCGACAAGCGCAAUUUUUCACAAUGCGUGGAGAGAUGUGUGCUACCGGACUUGGACAACACCGUGAUCUGCCUCCAACGCGAUGCGUUCUGUAACGGCUUUGCUGACUGCCCUGAUGGCGGAGACGAACAAGGAUGUGUAAACGUCAGCUGUAGCUCGGAUCAGUACUUGUGUGCGGGCAAACGGCAGUGUGUACUCCAGGAGUCGAUCUGUGACGGGAAGUUCGACUGCGAGUUCCAAGACGAUGAGGAAGAGUGUGAAAUUCGAGGUUGUCCGGACGGCUGUGAGUGUGCCCUGGUCGAUGCAAAGCUGGAGGUCAUAUGCGAACGGGGCUGGAACUCGACCACUCUAAGUCAACUCACUGCAAUCACGGCUGUGUUAGAGCUCACUGGAGGAAACAAGACGACCCUCGAUGAAGGCAUGUUUAAGAGAUUUGGCAUGCUUCGAACUCUAUCUUUAAGGAAGAACGACAUAUCGGAAAUCAAGUUACGUGCUUUUGCCGGACUCAGAAACCUUACUAUAUUAGAUAUUUCCGAAAACAGCAUUAGGCAAAUCAAUGGCGGUAUCUUCAGCGAUCUGAGACUACUCCAAGUUCUGGGAAUGCGGCAUGUUCCCGUUCAUCUAAUCAAAGCUCAAGCGUUUGAAGGGCUAAAAAAUCUCCACACAUUAAUACUUAUGUUGGGUGAUGGUUCAGUGGACGUCGACGAUUUAAACCAGAAGUACUCGUCAGAUUGGAAGAUCGAAGACGGUGCUCUAACUGAUCUCGCCUCACUUCAGAAAGUGUAUGUUGACGACCACCGCCUCUGCUGCGACUUCAGGUCCGUACUGCCAAGUGACGACCAGUGCAUCAACAUUCAGCUCCAGUCACCGCUAUUCAACUGCGGCCGGCUGAUGCCAAACCCCGUGCUUCAGGUUUUCAUGUGGAUCCUAGGCUGCAGUGCCCUCUUUGGAAACAUGUUGGUCAUUGUCUGGCGGAUGCGAGAGGACAGUGGUAAGGGCAGCAAAUACGUGCACUCGUUUCUGGUCCUGAACCUGGCCAUGUCUGAUUUCCUGAUGGGAGUGUACAUGGUGAUCAUUGCUACUGUCGACGCCAUCGAGAAAGAAAAGUACUACCUGACAGCCACGCAGUGGAGGAACAGCGCCCUUUGUAAGGCAGCAGGGGUCAUCUCUGUCCUUUCCUCAGAAGCAUCGGUUUUCUUCAUCACUUUGAUCAGUGUAGAUCGCUACCUGUGCAUCGUGCAUCCGUUUAGCCGAGUCAGGCUUCAGGAGACGUCUGUCUGGGUGUCUGUAGCCUCCAUUUGGCUCGCGUCCCUGGUAGCAGGCCUGGUUCCAACCAUCUUGGCAACCGGUGAUUCGGAUAUCUACGGGCUAUCAGAUGUCUGCAUUGGGCUGCCGUUGCUCACUCGCCCCGUCGAUUACACUUUCACUAAGGAUGAUGUUGGAGGAUCGUUGGGUAAUGAUACCUACCUCAUCCCAAAACCCGUUGGUAGUAGACCUACUUGGGCCUAUUCAAUCGUACUAUUUCUUGGUGUUAAUUUCAUGUGUUUCGUGGCGAUCACUGUCUCCUACAUUGCCAUCUUUGCCAAGGUCAAAAGGUCAGUCCGACGAGUCAAGCUGCGCUCACACAAGGCGGAAGAGAUCAAGAUGGCGUCCAAGAUGGCAGUCAUUGUAGGUUCAGACUGUCUCUGCUGGAUGCCAGUCAUCGUUCUUGGGAUCCUGUCCCAGACCAGCGUUAUUCAAAUCAAGCCUGAGGCCUACGCUUGGCUGGUGGUGUUCGUUCUGCCCAUCAACUCCUCACUGAACCCCUACCUGUACACCAUCGUCACGGCCAUCAGCCAAAGGCGCCAGGCCCACCUGGCCUCCGCGAAGAGCGCGUCACAGAAGCCGACAGUAUACAGUAUUCCUGAAAUGUCGACAGGAAGGAAGGAAGAUUCGACAAGCUGGACAACAGUCACGCCGACGGGCUCAGUCAAUUUGGGAUAUUCAUCACUCGAUGUGGAAAAAUAGCAGUCUGUAUAGAAUUAAUCGCAUCAUAGUUGCGGGAGAACAUCGACAGAAUCAAGUAAUGCUCUUUUAAAUAUCGUUUAAUAUUUAUUGAUAGAUAUGUUUGUCAUGCUAAAUAGAGUUAAAAUAUAAGAUGUACAGUAAACAGCCUUUCAAGUCGACAUUUACAGAACUAUUUCAAUACACGCCAACAUAACGAGGAAAAAGUAAGAGAAAGUUAUGGAAAAUACCUAUUCACGAAUUUUAACCUCUAUAGUUUCUAUUCAAAUGAUUUUGGAAAUUUGUUACCGCGUGUAAAAAGCGUAAAGAAUACAGAAUUUAUAAUCUUCUACCAUUAGUUUUGUCUGUAGGUUGUUCAAUGGGAAAUCAAUUUGAAUUUCUAUAUUUUGAAAUUCGGUCAUGCGGCAUAUGGGUAUAUGUACUUAAAUACAAAUAAACAAAUUAGGUUAAAUUCAAUAACUCAUUAACUAUAGAAGGUCGUUAAAUGUCCGUUCAUACAUACAUCAACGUAUGAGUUUUUUGCUGUGCUAGAACAGUUUUUUAAUAUUAAAACAAAUCUACAAGCGAAAAUUCGGUAUUUCUCAAUGCAUCUUUCUUUGAGAUACUUAUCUUGGUAACCGAAACUGCAUCCUCGUAACCAAUAGAAACCUGUUAAAUAUGCGACAAAAUGCUCCCAAAAUUUCAAUCAUUGGGCAUUCCUCAUUGGCUGCAUUUGAAAUUAAUUGGUCAAUAGUGCUUUUGGUAUGUACAUUUAUGUUCAUGAAUAUGACAUUGCAUAGUAUUGUACUUUGUUGCUCAGUUGAAAAUAAAGCCAAGUAGUGCUGCAGAGAUGAU